AUGAGACAGAUCUCGUUGCUGGAAGAAAUCGGUGGACGUAUUGAACUCGAACGACAAGAGCAGCAGCAUUGUUUGUCUCGGAUAGCGGAAAGUGACGACGAAAUUUUUCUCGAGGAUGAAGUCCAACGCAUCACCCUUAUUGCCUCCCCUGAUACUGAUGCUUUAGAUCGCAUUCCAACAGGUGUUAUCGCUUGCCUACGCGGCUUUGAGCCUGCGAGAUACGAAGGAUCAUUCACAGUUCUUGAUCUCGCUUUUCUGGAGCCGCAGCCGAUAAGACCAAUUACAGCGACAACUGUUAAUUCAGCUUCUUAUCCGCCCUUGCUAAAUGGUAGUGGUCAUUGGGUUGGAUUCGUCUCAGGCCUCGGUUUUGUUGCAUCGGCCGAAGCGGCAAACAAUGGAAGCUGUCAUGGACACCCGCUGGCACUACGUCUCCUUGGUGAUUGGUUAAGGAAGGUUCCGUUGUGUCGCCUUUUCGUUCUUGGAGAUUGUAUCCGCUCAAGCGAGCCUGGAGGCUUGGAAACCCUCGGGGUGAUGCCAAGUACCCGAUUUACAAGCCGUAGGGAGGAUGCCGAUUCCGUGAUGGCAAUGAGCAUGUUUGAUACUUGGCUCUCUGAAUUGCCUCUCGGCGGCGGAGGUGAAGAUGGUGGUUUCAGUGUGGAACUCCUUCCAGGCGCCGCGGACUGCGUCUCCCAACUACUACCUCAACAACCCUUCCACCCUCUUCUCUUCCCUCGUACUACCUCCCGUUUUGGCCGAGGCGAAGGAGGUCUCGUUAGCUCCACCAAUCCCUGCUUCUCGGAAGUCCAUUCACGUCGCAUUCUUGCGACCUCUGGACAAAACGUCACUGAUGUUCACAAAUACACAAUUGUUGGCGACCCGCUAGACUGCAUGGAAUCCCUGUUGCACUGGGGCCACGUAGCUCCCACAUGUCCAGACACACUCUUUGCUCAUCCCCAAAAGGACACGGAUUUCCUUCUGUUCACUGUCGACCCCGAAACUGGAGCUUCAAACGACUAUCCAGAUGUCUUUGUGGCGGGAAACCAGCCGGCUGCGCAGUUUCGACGCGCCUCCUUAAAUCCCAUGAAUACCUCAAAUGGGGCUGAGAAGGGUGCAUUACUGAUUACAGUGCCGCGUUUUGAUGUAUCAUACACGAUGGUUUUGCUGGAAUUGGAAACACUAAGAUGUGUUCCGCUGAGAUUUGAUAUAUCGCAGUUGGAGUAG